AUGAAUUGCUACAAUGCAAACAGCUACUAUGCUAGCCCCGAGUUUUUGAUACGUGUUUCGAAUGUAAUCACAUUUUUCGAAGUACCCCUGUGUAUUUUUGGAGCCUAUUGCAUAUUGUUCAAAACUCCCGAGAAAAUGAAAUCAGUGAAAUGGCUGAUGAUGAAUCUUCAUUUUUGGAGUUUUUUAUCUGAUUUGACGAUUUGUUGCUUCGGUAUUCCAUUUCUUCAUUUGCCACAUAACGCCGGGUAUGGGCUCGGUCUCAUUGAUGCUCCGGGGUUGAUGAUAUACUGUGGAAUUACAUUUAUGGGAGCGUUUGGUGUUACAAUCCUUGCAAUCUAUGAAAACCGAUACUACAUCGUAUUUGCACAAAAUUCGAUAUGGAAACAGUUGCGGAGAAUAUUUAUGCCACUGAUGUGGAUUCUCGUACCCUUUUAUUUUUUGCCGCCAUUUUUUCAAAUUCCGGAUCAAGAAUCGGCUCGAAUUCAUAUUCAAAAAGAAAUUCCGUGUUUGAACCUAACUCUGGUGAACAAUAGGAAUCUAUUCGUCCUGUCGUUAAAUUCAAAUCUUGUUGGAUAUUGUGCUAUAAUGGAAACUGUGGUUAUUGUUUCUCCAAUUAUCCUCUUCUUUUUUCUCACACUUUAUCAAUUUUUCAAAAUACGCGACUCUAUGAAGUUCUCUUCGAAAAGCUAUCAGCUUCAGAAAAGCUUUUUAAUAGCCAUAACUUUGCAAUCACUUUUAUCAUUUGUUUUCAUUCUUGUACCAGUUACUAUUGUGCUUUAUGGUUUUGUUUUCUGGUAUUAUAAUCAAGUUCUUAACAAUUUUAUGAGCAUCAUGUUUUCACUUUUUGGCUUGGAAACGUGUGUUGUGAUGAUUUUAGUGCACAGACCUUACAGGGAGUAUGCACUAUCUCUUCUUCUGUUUUUCCGGAAACGAACCGUUAAAAAAGUGGACUGUAUUUCGGUUGUGAUGAUUCAUUAA